AUGAACAAAACUUUAUUUUUAGUCCCUCUCUUACUUUUGAUCGGAACUGGAGUCUACUUAUUCUAAGGACAAAAGGGAAACCUCGAAAACUUAGUUCCUGUUAACUUCUAAUAAUAUGAAAACUGCACUAUGAGCUUUCCUAAUCCCUAUCCUUACUUUCCCUGCUCUUAAGACUCAGGAUACAUUGAUGCUUACAAUCAUUUCAUGAAUGCAACUUAUUCUCCUUAAGCUUGCAGAAACUACAUUAUUUACAAGUAGUAUAAUAUUUUAACCACUAAAUUGAUUAAUUAAAACAAUUAUUUCUUCAAUUGCUAUAUUACUGAAGAAGUUAGAUAAAUUGCCAAUUUUAACGAGUGUUUCUUCAAGCAUUUCUAUGCUCCUUACUACCUUACUUGCGCUGGUUUUGACAUUUAUGCUUAUCCUCCCUACACUCCCUACUCAAUUGAUAAUUGA